GUAGCAAUUCGUCUUUCAACCCGCAAGCAAUCGCCUAGCAAUAAGGCAUGAUAAUGCAAAUCAAUAAGUUUAAAAAAUUUCAAACCGAAGUGUUAGUAAUCUAUUAAAUCGAUUUAUUUUAAAACAAUAUCAGAAUUGACAUUAAUAAAUGUGUGAACUUUUGGCACUUCUACCCAUUCGUCAAAAACGCCGAGCCCACAUGCAAUCGUCUUAAUGACUAAACUUUAAUAAGUUUUUUAAAAAAAUCAACGUAUAAACUUGCGAAUGACCGCCACCGACAUCGCAAACAUUGUAAACGCGUGAAUUUCGUAAAUGAAAUUCGUAUGGCGAAUGAUACGUUCUCGAACCGGGCAGGUCGGUAUUCACUCGGCGGUAUAUUGAUUGGCACCUGCAGUAAAUCAUAACGCAAGGGUUAGAAACUUGAGGGCUUGCCAAUAAUUAUCAUGAUAAAUUAAGUAUCGGGCAGCUCUCACGUCUCAAAACCCUGUUAUCUCCAAUCCAUGGUAUACGGCGAGGGUCAUUAAGGAAACGACUACCUAUAAGAUUGACUCGACAAGGAUUCUACGUAUCAAAGUUUCUCGUAUCUGUUUUAUUCUUCUAUCAAAAUAGUGAAAAAACUUUUGCAGUGCAGUAAUGAACUAACUCAGUGAUAUCAAAACAACGGAACCGAGGUCAUUGUUUCUAUUUUCAAUUUUUCAUGUACUCGGUGCCGGUCAACAAUUAAAUUUACAUACUGAUUUAUGGAAGCAUGUGCUGGUAUGCUGAUAGAAAUUCCCACCAGAAUGUAAUUCUGGUGUUGACGGUAUUGAUGAACAUGAAAAUCACCAGGAACCAACUAUUACUCAAAACUUCGUAAUCUUUUCGUAUAAACGAAGGAACGACCGCGCGAUCGAAUUCCGUUGCAGUCAGGAAAAAUUGAAGUUUUCAGACUUCAAAAUUCUCUUUUUUACUAGGAGUUAUAAAAUUUUGAAAUACAAUCGCUUCACGCAAUACUCGAUUGCCUCUCCGUAACAUAACAUAUCAAUUUUAAACGCGUUGUUCUACAUCGAAUAAAGAAGGUAUAUUUUAAGAAUCUUGAGUAUUUUAUUAUAAGACUAAUAAAAAUAUACUCGAGAAAGAUUUACUCAUCCAAUAAUAUAAAACUCGACGAAUGACUUAUAUAAGUGAACCCUGAUUGAGUACGGAGAAUCGUUGCGUAAAUAGUAUUUUCUUGUCAAUGAUGGGAUGAUGUCAACGAGCAUACGUGAACGAUUGUGCCGAGGUCAAAUUACAAAUAAUCCCUGGUCGGUGACGACGGAAAACAUGAUUCAAAAAUAUGUACGCACUUCUUCGGUUUAUAAAGUUUUGUUAUUCAGAAUCAUUAGGUGAUUAGUAUAACGAGGUAAGCCAGCGACUGUGAUGAAAGUUUCGCCAUGUGGAACAUUCGGUUGCCGAAGAGCUCCUACCGGUAUAUCGUGUUCACUCAGUCCGGAACGAUUCAAGUCUGUCGUCAUUCGUCAGAAUUGCCCGUCCGUAAUAACACUCGUCUUUUCAACUUUUCAUUUUCAUAGUCAUACAUGAAUAUUUAUACUUAUAUCAUAAAAUGGUGUCCAUGAUUAGAAAAUUAUUAUGACAUCUAAUCGUUGCUGUACGAAGUUCAAUAUUAUUCUUCACUUGCAUACGCAUAAGAUUGUUGAGGUAACGCGUUACAAUCGCGAUUGAUCCAAUGGAAAAGCAACAAAUGUACAUUAGGCCGACGUUAGUGUAAAAAUGUGGUAAAUCGAGUAAAUCAAUUUUAAAAGAAGUGCAGCCAAGUGUCAUUCUGUAAUUGUGAAUUGUGAUACACUAAAAAAAAACGUGUUAACCGGAAAUCAUUACGAUUUGUUUUCUUUAUAUAACGAGAGCCUUACGAAAAUUUUCACGAGCCCGUGUCGAAGGUCGUGAAUGUAAAUUUAUUGUGAAACCAAUAAGCGAAAAUCACUGCUAAAAAAUUUUACAUUACAAUAAAAUAUCAAGAAGAGAUGAUAAUCAACGAAAUUGAAUCGUUUAUAUUAAUGUCACGAAUUAAAAUAUUCCUAUAUUAACUCCAACACAUUUUUUGUUUUAAUUUUCCAUUUCUAACUUCUGGUUUCACCAGGACGCAGUAUUAUCAAAAUAGAAUCAACGUUCAAUGAAUCGAACUUUCCCUCUUUGUUUCACUAAAACAAAUACUGCAGUGUCAAUUCAUAAAUAACGAAGUUUUCAAUGUGAGCUUCACUUGAUGGCAUACUUCUGAUAUCGGUCGAUAAAUUAAUUCAUAUACCCAACCUUGCAUUUUGUUACAUUCCACGUAAUCACGAAGUAAAUAAAUUAAAAAAAAAAAACAAAGGCCCGAGUGGCUCAGAAAUUUCAGUUGAAUGAAGAAAGAAAAAAUAAAUAAUAUUUAUUUCGAGUAAUAUUGAAUGCGCUAAAUGACAAAUUGAGAAGUAAUUAUUUUUAUAUGAGAAAAUACGAUGAUGAAAAACUACAGUUUAACCUCUCUCAUACGAAAGUUGCCUUAUUGGUUACGGAAACAAAACUAUUCGAGGAGUACUAAUAAUAAAAGCAAGAUAAAAGUGAUAGAGCGUGCCGAUCUUUCAAUGUCCACAACUGGCUGACCAUCUUUCAUGUCAGCGACUUGCAUCGAUGAGAAACAAAAAAACACCGAGUGCAUCGAAAUUAAGGGAUGAAGAAAAGUCUGUAUUCGUCAGUAGCACGCGAUCUUGCGACGAACCUCGUAUUUAUUUUUCCGGGACAUCGGCCUCCCGAAUACUUCGAGAUCAGCUGACGGGCAGAACAGUAAUUGUGAAAGUGAGAAACAGGGUGAGCACCUGCAUCAUAGUAAAAGAGAGGGGAAGCAAGAGAGGUGGGAAGGAAGAAUUUCAUUCUAUCCAAAGCCCUGGUUUCCCCUCGUCUAUCGAUCCUCCGAAAAGAGGGUUACGAAAAAGAGAGAAACAGAAAACAAAUAGGAACAAGAACGAUGGAUAUUGUGAAUGCAGGUCAGGGCGCAGUCGCGAAUUCAGCGCGACCAGUUUCGCGUCGGAAUCUGCGCGACUUUGCCCGCCUAUGGAUCAACUCAUUGAGGGCGUACUAUUACACUGGGGAUGCCGUCUCCAAUUCCUUAAAUUCUCCCGAGCCCGCAAUGGGCAACCUUCAGAGUGAUGGCAAGAAAAAAACGAAAAAGAAUCGCGAUUCAGCUCCUUUAACUGGCACACCGACAUCCGGCAAUAAAACAAGCGAUCAAACCAUCAACAAAUCUUCCAACAGUCUCAAUAAUUUGGACGAUAAGCCAAUCAAAGUUUCCUUCGAAAAGGUCCACACCCCAGCCAAAAGACAUGCACCACCACCCCCGAAGAUCCACGCUCCUCUCAAGGUACCGAUCGUGCAGCCAGUAUCGGAACCUCGCGUCGAGAGCGAAAACAUCUCGGACCCGAAAAUUAAUGAGGACCAAGGUCACCCACAAAAUGGGCAGCGAGAUUCGGCAAUGGGACAGGUUGAUGUUGUCGAUGAUGUUUCCCCUGGGAUUUCAACUGAAAGUGAGAGAUUGCCUGAGGGAACGAAAAAAACAGAUAGUUCGUCGAUCGUCGAAGAAGUUCCUGAAACCUUGUUGUCGAAGGAAUCGGAGGAUGUGCCGGAACUGGGCGUUCUGCCGUUCCCAACAACUGGUCCGCCACUCCUCGUGACCGAUUCCUGGCGUCGUGCAAAUACAAAUCUCACGAUAUCUGAAAUUCCAACACCGACGAGCAAAGAAUCUUCGAGCGACAGUGUUUUCACGGAUCCGGAGGAAAUCAUAUUGUCCGGUGAAGGCGGAGAAAAACAUAUUCAUGAUGUUUCAUUGACAGUCAAGUCAUCUUCCUCGUCAACUGCCGUUAAUAAGGAGAGAGCCGAAAAGACUAUACUGAAAAUGAAAAUGCCCUCAUCGGGAGUGAACCAUUUUACCGUAUCCAGACACCGGAAGAUCGAGCUCUCGCCGGCCUCACCGCGACUCGAAACUAACUCAAUCGAAUUAUCAACUCCUGAGCGACGAUACAGUGCUACCGAAUCUUCGCCCAAAAAUAGCAGGGUUUUACGGAGAGUCGCCAGUUUUACCCUUGACGGAGCAACUACUGAAGGACGCACGGCAAAUUCGAAGAUAACACCGCACAGAACCGAUUCACAAUUAUGUGACAAUUUUCAGGGACAGCAUCUAGCCAAUUGGUUAGCUUCCGGUAUGCCCGAAAACAUACGGAAUCAGCUAACCGAUGUCGAUCUCAACAAAUUCAGUGCCUCGUUUUGCGCUCAUCUCAUGGCCGUCGGUGUUCUGAAGCCUCUCGAUGAUGGAGGCGGUGCGAAACACGUUUUGUUCGCGCCAGAUCAAUCCUAUAGUUGGGUACAACCAGUGGCUCUAGUACAAGCUCAAAAUGCAACACCAAAGGGCAACGGUGAAGCGAAUCAUUCGUCGGCUUAUGUGCAGAGCGUGGAAGAAGAAGUUGCGAGUUUACGGAGUGAAGUUGAUAAGUUACGGAAAAUAAUCGCGGAGAUGGAAAAUGUAAUUGGAAAGUGUAAUAGAACGGAAACAAAAUCGAGUUCACCGUUGAUAAACAACGGAGAAAAUGACACGAUAAAUUCUUCGGACCAAGGCAACACGAACGAGAGUGGAAGAUUUUCGAGCAGUUCCUUUGAUAUUUCACCCAUUAAAUCGGACAAAUUGUCAUUAUCCGGGGGCGAAGAUUUAAGAAAUGGUUCUCCAUCGGCAACGACGCUUUCACCUAUUGCCGAAAUCGAUAGACGUUACGAUAACUCGUACGCCGCUGAAGAGUCCGAGAAAAAUGGUGACUUCACAGAUAAGCCGAUUACACAAAGGAGCCAAACCACCGACAAACAUGGUCGUGACGACAUAGAUGAUGGCAACGUCCGACUGGCGAAUAGACUGAAGGAUGUAGAAGACAAACCAACCGGUUUGGAUGUUGAAAAAGAUAAUCGAAAUCUCCCGUACAACGAUAAAAACGAACACACCGAAAAUGUCCAACCUGCGGUGUUCGUGGAUUCGAAAAAAUUAUUAAAUUUCGUCAAGGAGGACGAUGAAGGUGAAUGUGCUUUGAAGAAAGAAGAUAUUGGCAAAACGGAUAGUAAUGAUUGCGAAACAACUCCAAGUUCGGAUAUUUUAAUCCUCAAAACCGAAGAACCACCUCCUCCACCUCCUCCUCCUCCACCGAUGCCUGAAGUAACUGGAUCUCUCCCUCCCCCUCCACCCCCUCCCCCUCCCCCAAUGCCCGGCAUCCCAGGACCGCCACCGCCUCCUCCCCCGAUGCCUGGAACGGCAGGACCGCCGCCACCACCUCCUCCUCCAAUGCCUGGAUUGGCAGGACCUCCACCUCCGCCUCCUCCUCCGAUGCCUGGAAUGGCAGGACCACCGCCGCCUCCUCCUCCAAUGCCUGGAAUGGCAGGACCGCCACCGCCUCCUCCUCCGAUGCCUGGAAUGGCAGGACCCCCGCCUCCUCCUCCGAUACCAGAAGCGACAGGACCUCCACCGCCACCAGGACUUCCUGGAUGUCCACCUCCACCUCCUCCACCCGGAGGUGCAUUGCACCCUUCACCUCUGCCAGCUCCGCCUGUCGGGGGAUGGAAUCCACCAGCCAGAGCAGUGAUGAGGAAACAGCCUUUAUCAUUGGAAGUUCCGAUGAAGCCACUAUAUUGGACUAGGAUACUGAUACCUGCGGACCAAGCAGCCAAAGUCCCCGCGGAAAGUCCAGAGUCUCCUCCGCAGGUACCACUUUGGGCUGAAAUUGAGGAAGAACGCAAUUUAAAUCUUAAGGAAUUCAUAGAUCUAUUUUCGCGGCAAGUCGUCGAACGGAAACCAACGAUAAAGAAGGAAGAAUCUGACAAACCAUCGAAAAUACAACCAGCCAAAAUUCUUGACUCAAAACGAUCAAAAAAUGUCGGCAUUCUUGAGAAAAGUCUUAGGGUCGAUUUCAGCGAAGUUGAGAACGCUGUCUAUAAUUUGGACACGAGUGUCGUGAAUCUCGAAGCUCUGCAACAGAUCUACGAAAUUAUGCCGACAGCUAAAGAACUCGAUGAGAUUAACUCCCAUGAAAAAUCACAUCCAGAAAUACCACUUGAUCGUCCGGAAUUGUUUCUCAAGCAACUAUCGACGAUCAAGUACUUUACCGAGAGAAUAGCUUGUUUAAUGUUUCAAGCCGAAUUUCAAGACGCCAUGUCUUCAGUUUCUUCAAAAUUAACCAACUUGAGAUCGACUUGUGAAUAUCUCUGUAACGCACAAUCCCUUAAAAGAGUGAUGGCGCUGAUAUUAACACUCGGAAAUUACAUGAACGGUGGUAAUCGAAUGAGAGGGCAGGCUGAUGGUUUCGGGCUUGAGAUACUCGGUAAAUUGAAAGAUGUCAAAUCGAAAGUACCGGGUGUAACGUUGCUGCAUUACUUGGUGAGAGCGAGACUGGAACAGGAAGGAGAUUACAGUUUCGAUGAACUGUUGCCGUUACCGAUUCCUGAGCCUGCUGAUAUUGAGGCAGCUUCCACGAUCAAUUUCGAGGAAAUUACUAAAGAAUUAGAUCGACUCGAUAGAGAAUUACAAGAAUGCACGAAAAAAAGUGCGAUCGUGACCGAGGCUGAUCCGGAAAACUCAAUACCAUUUCGUGAGAAAAUGGAUUGUUUUCUGAACCGAGCAAGAACUGAGCUGUCUAGCGAAAAGGAAUGCUUCCAGGAAGCAAGAGCAAAGUUUAAAGCUGUAAUGCAAUUUUAUCAGUUCGUUCCAAAAGGUGCUACAUUGGACACCGCGGAUCCAAAAGACUUUUUCUUAUUAUGGCUCAGUUUUUGCAAGGAUUUCAAGGAUAUUUGGAAAAAAGAACAACAGCGCAUACGAAAAGAACGAAUAGAGACAAUACGCAUCAAAUUGCAAGAUCGUAGAAAAGUGGAGAAAAUAAAAAAAGUACCUGGAGGAUUGAAAGAUCGACUUCAAAAGCUGGCGGGAACAAAAUGGUAGCGCAAUAUAUAUCCGAAAGAAAACUUUGAAAAGUGCGAUCGAAUGGCACAAACGGUCAAUGAAGCGUACUUCAUUAUCUAUAGAAAGGAAAAAAAACGAUAACGCUUACGGGAUCUUAUAAUUUUUCGGGAUUUCUUCUUGAAAAGGGAACGAGAAUUCUAUUUUUUCUCUUCAUUUCAGCCAAUAGGACGAUCCCGUGUAUUUGAUCCGUCAAAUUUUGCACAUAAUCUUGAAAUUUCUACCGGCGUUACGGAGUAUAUAUUUAAGAAUUGUUAAUUACUGUAAUAUCGUUUCUUAUACGCGUCUUAUCCAUUGUGUUGUAAAAAAUUCUAUCUAGUUGCAACGUUGAGUUAUGAAAAUAUAUUGUAAAUUGAAUUAUUUAUUA